AUGGCUUCUGUCGAUCCUACAACCUCCAACGGUGCUGAGCCCUCGGCUGCUCAGAAGCUUCUUCAGACUCAUGUCGACCACCACCCCACUGUCGAAGAUGUCCCUGAUGAGGACCUCCCCUUGAAGUCUGGCGACUCGGCGACCUGGGCCGACCCUAUCUCCACCAAGGCUGCGGGCAAGCAGAAGGAAACCUCUGCUCCUGGCAAGAAGUUCGACCCUCAGUCCCAUGAUCUUUUCCCUGAGCUCGGAGCCGACCAACGCCGCCCCAUCUGGGGAGCCAAGAGCAACGUUUCCACCCCCGCCAACGGUCUUUCCCGCUCCUCGACUCCCGCUUCGGGAGCUGCCACCCCGAAGAAUGGCCCUCCUUCCAUGUCGAUCCCUGGUCGCAACGUCGAGACGGUUGUACUGGAGCCUCAGUUUAUCCUCCCGCGUGGCCAGCUGAAGCGCCCCAUCCCGGACAUCAUGAAGGACAUCAACCGCAAGUCGCGUGCCAACAUCACUCUGUCUACCGCUACCAAUGGAAGACUGAAGUUUGAUGCGACUGGCCCUCAGGACGUUGCUCAGCAGGCCCUGAAGGACCUCGUCCAGCAGAUUGGCACCAAGACUACUAUCAAGGUCCCGAUCCCCCAGUCCGCCCGUGCCCACAUCAUUGGAAAGGGUGGCUCUGUCAUCAAGGCUAUUCAAGAGAAGUCCGGUGCUCGCGUCCAGCUUCCUAAGGUGGAGGAGGGUAGUGCCCCUGUCGACGAGGAUGACGACUCCACCAUCGAUGUUCUCGUCGAGGGCAACGCUCUCUCCGCUGCCUCGGCUCGCAACGAGAUUCUGAAGAUUGCUGGCGAACGUGCAGCCAACGUCAACACCAAGCUGCGCGGCAUCCCUGCUGAGUUCUACCCCUUUAUUGCGGGUCCUGGAAACAGCCAUGUCAGCCAGUACGAGAACAACGGUGUUCAGGUUCGCGUCCCUCCCCACCAAAUCUGGGCUCCUCGUGGCCGCAACCUCGCUGCUGGCGAGGGUGAGCGCCCCGUGUUCGUCCCCGCUGCCGACAACCACAUCCAGCUAGCUGGUGACCGUGCUGCCGUCCAAGCUGCGCGUGCCGAGAUCGAGCGUCGUGUGCAGGAGCUGCAGAACCAGCUCGCCAUCGACCAGUUUAGUCUGCAGAAGGGUCGCCACCAGUUCAUCGCAGGCCGCCGCGGCGAGUCUCUGGAUGACUUCUUCAACCAGACUGGUUGCACCAUCCUCUUGCCAACGGACGAGGACGAUGACUCUGUUACCGUCAUUGGCCCUACCGCUCAGCUGAGCAAGGGUGUCGAGACUGCCAUGGACAGAGCCAUGAACAUGCAAUUCUCCACUUUCGACAUCGGCCGGUUCCACAAGAACGCCCCCGGCGGUGUCAACACUCAUGCCCGCAAUGUCACCCGUUACCUGCGUCACCGUGAUCUGUUCGACGAGAUUGAGAGAGCCCACAGCACUCACAUCAACACUCCCUUCUCCGCCAACGGCGCCUCCCCAUACGAGUUGUAUGCGCGUGAUGGCAAGAGUGUUCUCCAGGCUCAAUCGGCCAUCGAGAAGCUUGUCCACGCUAUUCCUCCUGCUAGAAUUGCCCCCAUUCCCGUUGACCCCUUCUACCACAACUACCUCAUCAAGGAUGUCAGCCCUCGCAUGAGGAACAACCACGGCGUCCACGUCAUCCUCCCCGAGGCUGGUGAGCCUGACGCCCCUGUUCUGUUGGUCUUCGAGGGCCCUUCUGCUCCCGAGCCCAAGCCUGAGAUUAAGACCGGCCGCCCUCCCAGGACGAGAUCCGAGGGCCUGGAGGAUGCGCGCAAGCAGAUCUUGGACAUCAUCAACAAGCAAGAGCAGAUCGCCUCUGCCUCCAUUGACGUGCCCCAGAAGUUCCACGAGCGCCUUCGCCGCUUCAUCAAGAAGGAGCAGGCCAACCGGCCCGAUGACCAGAUCCCCAUCCGCGUAUCCUCGGUUGGCACUGUCGUUACUCUCCGUGGUCCUGCCUCCGCCGUCAAGAAGCUCGAGACCAAGGUCAUUGAGUUCGUUGAGCAAGAGAAGGAGGAUGAGAAGGAGCGUGGUUUUACCAUGUCAUUCGACUUCCCCCAGAAGUUCGCCAAUCACCUCAUUGGUAAGGGUGGCUCGAACAUCAAGGAGCUCCGUGACCGCUUCGACGUCGAGAUUCAGGUGCAGGACGGAAAGGUCGAGCUCAAGGGCCCCAAGGCUAAGGCCGAGGCAGCCAAGGCGCACAUCAGUUCCCUCGGCCGCACUCUGGCCGAUGAGGUCACUCACAUCCUCAAGGUCGACCCCAAGUUCCACCGCGAGCUCAUCGGUGCAGGAGGAAGCGUCACAAACCGCCUGCAGAGCAAGUACAAGGUCUUGAUCUUCUUCCCGCGAUCCGGCAAGGCUCCCAAGGACGACGAUGCAAACGCCGACGCUGCCAGCGAUGCCGGCAAACCCAAGCGUCAGCAGGAGCCCGACGAAGUUAUCGUCCGCGGUCCCAAGAAGGGAGCGGAUGAGGCUCGCGACGAGAUCUUGUCUCUCCUCCAGUACCUGAAGGACAAUUCUUUUACGGCGACUGUCUCUGUGCAGCAGAAGCAGGUCCCGUCGAUUAUUGGACAGGGCGGUGCUGCCUUGGAGGAGCUUCGCAUUUCUUCCGGCGCUAAGAUUGACAUUCCUAGCGGCCGCGACGCCGACACUGUCGAGAUCCAGAUUAAGGGUACCAAGUCUCAGGUGGCGGCUGCCAAGAAGGCUCUCGAGGAGAAGAGAGAUGUUUUCAACGAUACCAUUGUGAGAACCAUUGAGGUGGAUAAGAAGCACCACAAGUCUCUUAUCGGUUCUGGAGGUGCCAACCUCCGUGACCUGGUUGUCAAGGCUGGUGGAUCCGAUGACCGCCGCGAGCUUGCCCGUACCAUCCAAUUCCCCAAGCAGGAGGCUGAUGGCAACACGAUCAAGGUUGAGGGUCGUUCUGACAUUGUCAACAAGAUCUGCGCAAGGAUCGAAGAGAUCGUCGCAGAGAAGGAGAGCCAAGUCACCGAGGUUCUGGACGUCCCCACCGAGAAGCACAGAACCCUGAUCGGCCGUGGUGGAGAUGCCAAGCGACAACUCGAGUCCCAGUUUACUGUCUCGAUCGACAUCCCCCGCCAGGGCGACGGCAAGACCGGCGUCAAGAUCACCGGUCGCCCCGAGAACGUUGAGAAAGCCAAGGAGCACAUUGCCUCGCUUGUAAAGGAGCAGGAGGGAGAGACCCUCCAGGUUCCCCGCAGCCUGCACCACUCCAUCUCCAACAACGGCCAGUUCUUCCGCCAGCUCCGCAACAACCACCAGAUCUCCGUCGACCACGCUGGCCAGAGCGUGCCUCCCAAGCCCAGUGCCAGCCGCAGCAACGGCGGUGCUCUGCCCUUGAUUACCGACGACGAUGAUGCCACUGCCGAUGUCCACUCCUGGAAGGUUGUGGACAGCGCCGCUGGCGAGGACGGCGAUAUCGCCUGGGUUCUCCGUGGCUCUCCCGAGAACAUCGAGAAGGCCAAGGCUGCCAUCGCUUCAGCCAUCGAGCAGGCCCGCAAGAACACCCACACGGGCUACCUGGUCCUGCCUGACCCCAAGACGUACCGCUACGUCAUCGGCCAGGGCGGCAGCAAGGUCAACUCCAUCCGUAAGCAGAGCGGUUGCAAGAUCAACGUGCCCCGCAACGACGACAAGGAGGAUGCCAUCGAGGUCAUCGGCACCGCCGACGGCGUCGAGAAGGCCAAGGACUUGAUCCUGGAGGCCGUCAAAGAGGGACUCAGCUCCCGUGCGCCCCGGGACUAG